AGCAGAAUGGCGUUUGUAAAAAUGCGGCAGAAACUGUUUGUUUUUUUCACAUGCAGUAUUUUAAUAGAGUGCCGUGUUCUAGAAUUAUCUGGAACACAAGAAACAAACGAUGGAGGGAGCGUGAUUAAAUCAGAACAAUCUAUGUCAGACCACGGGGGAACUAAUGAGUCAUUGGCCAAUUUUGAGGCCCUUGGUGACGACCCCAGUGUCGCAGGGCAACUAGUCAGUUCUUCUGAAGCAGCCUGGGAUGCCAUGUCUCCAAAGUUGAGGUGUGGUGAUGAUCUCAUGAAGUUGCAACUUAGUGGUCCAGAAGUAACACAAAUUGAGCUUUGUCGAGGUAACCUGUAAUGGUGCACCUGUUCCCCUCGCAGAGUUGCCACCUCACUGUGGACACACCAUUCCCGCUUACGGAGGUCUUGUCUAUGCUACGCCCUAUGAUGGAUGUGGUAUCAUGCAACAGGGAGGGAAUUAUGUGAUACAGAUGCAAUGGGAGGGAAACAAUGCAGUAAUUUCUUGCCCCAUGAUCUCUACAACUGCAAAUGAAACUGUCCUUGGUCCUCUUAUUCUACUGCCUCAUUCUCUUGAUCAGCAACAUGGCAAACCAAUGCCUCCAGAGAAACCAAUUCUAACCUCUAUCCCCAGCGACUCAUCAGUUGAUCUAGCACCAGCACAGAAGCCUCAACUUCCAGGAUACCCUCAGGACUUUUGGCCGUAUUACUACCAUCAUGGCAAACCAAAGCCCCAAGAGAGGCCAGUUCCAAUCUUGAUCACCAGUGGCGUGUCAGUUGACCAAGCACCAGCUCAUAAGCCUCAAUUUCCAGGAUACCCCCAGGACUUUUGGCCAAAUUACUACCCUCAUCAUGGCAAAACAAAGCCCCCAAAGAUACCAGUUCCAACCUCUAUGCCCACCACAUCAGUUUCUCAAGCACCAGCUCAGAACCCUCAACUUCCAGGAUACCCCCAGGACUUUUGGCCAUAUAAAUAUCAUCAUCGUGGCAAAACAAAGCCCCUAAAGAUACCAGUUCCAACCUCUAUGCCCACCACAUUAGUUUCUCAAGCACCAGCUCAGAACCCUGAACCUCCAGGAUACCCCCAGGACUUUUGGCCAUAUUACUAUCAUCAUCGUCAUCAUGGCAAAACAAAACCCCCAAAGAUACCAGUUCCAACCUCUCUGACCACUACACCAGUUUCUCAAGCCCCAACUCGGAAGCCUCAACUUCCAGGAUAUCCCCAGGACUUUUGGCCAUAUUACUAUCAUCAUCAUGGCAAAAUAAAGCCCCUAGAGAUGCCAGUUCCAAUCUCAAUCCCCAUUGACACAGUUGCUCAAGUACCAGCCCAGAAGCCUCAAACUCCAGGAGACUCCCAAGACUUUUGGCUGUAUUACUACCCUCAUCAUAAUCCUCAUGGCAAACCAAAACCACCAGAGAUGCCAGUUCCAACCUCUAUGCCCACCACAUCAGUUUAUCAAGCACCAGCACCAAAACCUCAACUUCCAGGAUACCCCCAGGACUUUUGGCCAUAUUACCCUCAUCAUCAUGGCAAAACAAAGCCCCUAGAAUUACCAGUUCCAAUCUCGAUCCCCAGUGACACAGUUGUUCAAGUACCAGCCCAGAAGCAUCAAAUUCCAGGAGACCCCCAAGACUUUUGGCUGUUUUACUACCCUCAUCAUAACCCUCAUGGCAAACCAAAACCCCCAGAGAUGCCAGUUCCAACCUCUAUGCCCACCACAUCAGUUUCUCAAGCACCAGCACCAAAACCUCAACUUUCAGGAUACCCCCAGGACUUUUGGCCAUAUCACUAUCAUCGUCAACAUCAUCAUCAUCAUCAUGGCAAAACAAAGCCCCUAGAGAUACCAGUUCCAAUCUCGAUCCCAAGUGAUGAAUCAGUUGCUCAAGCACCAGCCCAGAAGCCUCAACUUCCAGGAUACCCCCAGGACUUUUGGCCAUAUUACUACCCUCAUCAUUAUAAUAAUAAUCGUCAUCAUGGCAAACCAAAGCCCCAAGAGAAACUAGCUCCAGCCAUCCCCAUUGCCUUCCCAUCAAGCUCACCAGCAACAAUCCAGAAGCUGGAACCCCCAAUGUACCCUGGAGAUGUAUUCCCUCAGAAUAACUACCACAAUUAUCAUCAUUAUUUGCAACGGGUUUAUUCGCAAUACCCUGUUCAACCUCCCAAAACCCCUGCCAUGCCACCUAUAACUACCACCCCUCAACCCUGUACUACUACUACAGCUGCUGAAUGCAUACCAUUAGCCAACCAGCCUCUCAAUGACCCACUCCAAUUCUAUGUACAACUCGGUUCAAUGUUUUCUGAAAAAGACCCUGUUGCAGUUGGUUUUGUGGACUUUUCGGAGAUUGCAGCGGACUCUUUCCUGUGAAUAUUUAGAAUUUGUUUAGUAAUGGGCUGCACUUGGUUUUGAAAGAUUGCUUCCUGCUUUAAUACUAAUGUAGGUUGUAUGGGUGUAUAUGACUCAAAAUUGGUUCUUACUCCUUUAACAUCAACAUGUGGGUGUCUGCUUCAUUCUGUUAUAAUUGCCUAAAAACAUUCAAUAAAAUGAAUUGUGAAAUGUA